CUGACUUUGUGAAAAUAAAGAGUUAAAAAUAAAAGUAAAAUGAAGUUCCUAGUUCUAGCGUUGUGCAUAUUUUGUGUCAGUGCUAAUCCACAUUGGGAUAAUUUGGAUGAAGAAGAAAUUGCAAGCAUCAAAAGGACAUGGAAUGAAGUGAAAUCAAAAGAAAUUGAAAUUCUUUACCACAUUUUUAAAGAUCAUCCGGAUAUUAUGUCGAAAUUCCCUCAAUUUUCUGGUAAAGAAUUGGAAGAACUAAAACGUACCAGCCAGUUUGGAAUUCAUGUAACUAGAAUUGUUUCAUUCUUCUCACAUUACAUCCUUCUUUUGGGAAGAGAAUCGAGUAAGCCAUGUUUGAGAACGAUUACUAAUGAUAUGGCAGAAGUCCAUAAAACUCGAGGUGUUACAAAAGAUGAUUUUAAUAAAUUUAAAGAUUCAAUCUUUAAGUAUUUGAAGGAUCAUGUUGAAAUGGAUAAAAAGGUCAUCCACGCUUGGAACGACUGCUUCGACAGCAUGUACUAUGUCAUAUUCUCCAAUUAUGAUGGAAAACCUGUAAGCUAGGUUGUAAAAUGAGAUGAAUCUUUUUCUAAGCAGA